AUGGAGAAGAUGUCUUUUCAAGAGGAACCAACGACCACAAGCCAUCAGCUCGAUGACGACGAUGCCCGUGCACUUCAAGCAAGGUUUCACUUCACUGAUGCCGUGACGGUUUUCAAGGAAUUAGAUCGCGCCGCAGAGGCAGGCAAGGAUCGUAUCGACGACCUUGUUGUCGGCAACGUCACACCCGCCAACUUCCGUCGCGUCGAGGCCGAGCGAGACCGGCUCGACCGACGCGUAAGGCUGUUUUAUUUGUCCGAAAAAUCAACUCUGUUCAUCACCAUCCCAACAGCACCCCACGAGACCGGCCAUGGAUAUCUUUACAACUUGGUUGAGCAGGCAAUUUGGCAGAUGGGUGCUAAUGACCAAUGGAGGAACUACUACGCCACAAAGUUCCCCAUUUCGAAAGGUGGUGGAUCUAGUGGUGAAGGAGAUUCUGCAGGCGGCCCCCGGACGAAGAACAGCGACCGCAGCACGUACUGGCCCACCUUAGUCAUCGAGAUGGGUGCGCAACAUACACGCGAGCGGCCGCACGUUCCUUUUCAACCAUGCUGGAGCCUGCGCCCCGACAACGGAUCGAGAUAUCAUGGGCUGGCCCUGAACCAAUUCUACAAAUGCCGAUCACUGGUCGUGUAG